GACUUAUCGACCGGUUUACCGACACUAGUUUGACCUCUAGCGCCAUCUAUACAAAAAGGGCGCAAACUAUUCGACAGCUUAUCGACCGGUUUACCGACACUUGUUUAACCGCUAGCGCCAUCUAUCGGGAAACCCUCGAAACUAAUCGACGACCGUGUUCCGCGGUUUCCUGAUAGAUGGCGCUUACGGUCAAACCAGUGUCGGUAAACCGGUCGAUAAGUUGUCGAAUAGUUUGAGCCCUUUUUGUAUAGAUGGCGCCACUGUCGAAGACGAUAGCGUGAAUCCCUUCUUCCUCGCUGUCCGAAGACAGACUGACGGGUCGCAGCACGAAACGAGUAAUUAUAUACUUAAAAGAUUAGGAUAAUUACAGGAUUUAGAUGCAAAUACUAUUAUGUUUUUAUUUACGGUUAUUUUGGCAAUCACAGAAUGAUAUUCAAUCCAUUCACGACACAAUUCCUAUACUUAUCUUGCAAAAGGAAUGCGUAUAAAUUCGCUAUGAGAAGCAGUGAAAGGUGAAUGAAAGUAAGGAGUAAAAUCGAAUAGCUGGGAGAUAACUAUUUAUUUAUUGCCUAGUCGCUGAUAAAUUGUACGAAAAAAGUAUAACGCGCGUCAUCGAGCGAAACCGCUUUGAAACGUAAUCCAUUUGGAUUCAAAUGGAUUAUCUUGCAAAUAAUGAUCCUUUGAUACAAUUCAACAAUUUAAUCAUAAGGGAAUUAAAUAUCACGGUUAUUUUUAUUCAGACAUCAUUGCUUUAUUGUAUAUAAAAGAAUGGAAUGAUCGUUUUUGAACGUUUUUAGGUUGUUAUGAAUGAAAUAAAAUGAAAUGAAAUGAAAUGAAAUGAAAUGAAAUGAAAUGAAAUGAAAUGAAAUGAAAUGAAAGAACAGAGCAACGAACUUCCCGUUUACACUGUGAAGCUUAUAACGCUUACGUGGAUUUCGUUUGACGAAAGAUUCGCUUAUUAAUUGGAAUAAUAGUCGAGGAAAAGAAGAAAGGAAAAUCGUAGGAUCAUGGAGAAUCCACUGGUUCCGUCAAUGUCACUUUCACGACCUUUCAUUUGAUCGCUUCAGCCCCCUCCACGCGAACUCGCCUUCCUAUGCGGAGAACCGGCUGCAAGACAUAAAUAUAAUUAAAAUGCAUACACUAGACGAAGUAUAUAAAGAAACUUUUAAUAUCGACGGCAGUCGUUGAGAUUUUAAGCAUAAGACCAGCUUUUCACCACAACUUUGUUAUGAAAACUCCUUAGCAACUAAUUGGCAUAGAAUGGUAAACCAUGGCUACCUACCUUCUAAAUUAACAUUCUAUUUAACAUUCUAGAUGAUUAUAAUACUUUCAAGGACUUUAUUAUAAUGAUAUUACAUAUAAUUGAAGUAAUUGAAGUAAUUGUACUCUAAAGUACAGAUAACUACAAGUAGUUGAAUUUGCAUGUUCACAUUUACUAUUGGAUGGAGUAUGUAUAUCAUCGAUAAUGACUGUAUGCAGUGGAUGCUGGUCGAGGGAUCUUUAAGGCGAUCGUAGCUCUCCUCGAGCUCCUUUGAUGCGUGGGGAUAACUGGAGCUACCGGUUAAGUCAAGUGUAUCGCAUCGGGACGAAGUAGUACACUGUUUCUUUCCGCAGUGCGUGCAUUGGAUUGAGGCUUCAGAGGAUUGGUAACCGCACGAGAGAACAGAGAAGAACACAUCCUGGAAGUGUAGGAAGGUCUAUUUCGUUCAACGACUGGCCAAUCCACACGCAAUAGACAUGAAACUUUAUUACAUUGUGGCUGUGCUAAUAUGGAUAAGAACCGUGACAGCGACAUUGGAAUCCGAUUCACGUGGAAACUGGAGCAACGAAAAGAAAUUGAAUUAUGAACAAGAAAGGAUCGGCAAUCGAACAAAGGAAGAGAUCACCGGUGAUGUACAUUCUCCACAUGAAAGGAUCUUCAUCUUGUCUUCUGAAUCAACUGAGUCCAUCAAAGCAGAACGUCCAGAAGAGUUGGAUGUGAAAUUUGCAAACAAGAAUGAGGACAAUCGUGAAGUGAAUAAACAACUCACAAAGCAGCUUGUUCAACCAUAUAUGUUGCCAUUGCCAUUGGAAACAAGAUAUUUUCAACAAGACACCCAUAAUGAAUCAAGAAAAAAUGUAUCAAGAUUAGCAAGAACCAGUGAAAAUAGCCCCAACGAGACAGCCACGGUGGAAUAUAUUCCGUCUAAAGAAAUUCUAGUGCAAGAUUCAACUACGACAUCGAACAACUAUCCUAUACAAGACAGCUUCAACGACUUGGCGUAUUCGAAUUCAGAGGAUCAGGCAGACCUUGAAUACGUGGGAGAGUUUGGGCAACGAGUACGUUCGUCUCCUUCGUUUAGAUCCAAGAGCAAUGAGAAUGUUGGACGGGAUCGAUUCAGGCCUUUGGAUACGCUUUCCUUAUCCGAAGAUUAUAGAAAACAACACAGAAAAAACUCUCGUCCUUUUGUAAUCAAGAAACUAAACGCUUCGGAUAGCAUUGCCAAUCUGUUCUCUAAAGAUAGACAUCCUGUAGCAUCAGGUAAAGCCUCAGAGUCUCAGAGAGGACCGAAGCCGAAGAAAACCGGAGGAGAAGAAGAAUAUAGCGAUACUAUAGACUAUAACAAGGAGAACGUUGUUUCUUCCAGCAGCAAGGAUACAGUCUCGUCCACUUCAGCGCCUUUGCAACAGGUAUCUUUCGGUAAGUUCACUGGUCCAAUCGUAGUAGCUGAUCUGCCGCAACAAAAGAGAUACUCAUUCGCCACGACAACUGGUUAUACGAUCAUUAACGAUGAACCACAGUCAACUCCAGCAUCGUUGGAAACAAUCAAGUCAAAAGCAGCAGAGUCUAGCUAUCUGGCAACAUCCUCGGCUGUCUUAAAUCCUCUGCAAGUGGGUGUAGCAAUGAUGAACGUAGUACAGGAGAUAAAUUCGGUCAAUGACCCAGUUACUUUCACCAAGGAGUACCCUCGGAACGAGCCUGACCCAUCGCAAGUUCCUGUUGUUACCACCGAUAUUGAAAGCAUCAUUCAAAACGACGCCGCCACUGAUUCAGGAAAUUCCACUCUCCAGACUGAUCAACUGUCGCAACAGGAAGAAAUAUCAGAAAUGGUGGCAUCGAAUGGUCCCACGCAGUCUGUGGAGAUCCAGAAAUCAGUGGAAGUAUUCCAUACAGCACCUGUACACGAGAUACACUAUCCGUUAGAGUUUGUACCUUAUGUUCAGCAAUCGUCAAAUUUCAAGCAACGACAGCAGACUGAUUACAGAAAGCCACCACAGGGUGGUCAGGAAAAGGAUCAGAGAGCCAGCCAGAUUAACGUUUACAAGAAUAACGAGAUACUAGACGAGACUGUAUCCUCUAACAAUCCGGAACGAAAUCGUUACGAGUAUACCGUGAACGAGGAUGACGUUGUUCAAGUGGAUCAGACUGUGGCUCAUUCGACAGACGUUAAGCCUGUGUUCGAUGCUAGAGAACAAUUGGAAGACGUACAAGAUAAUCAGACAGCUGGAAGGUACUCGAAAAUUCAAAGAAUUCCAGAUACUAUCGCUACAGAAGGUAUCGCUAAGAACGAAUAUGACCCGGUUGGGAUUAUAGAUAACUUGCCAGCUCUAGGCAACGUAGAGAACUCUCAAGCAUCUGAAGAAGUACCUGAAAUCUUACUAAUAAAGCCUACAAAUGAACCAUCAACGGAAGUAAGGUUUCUGAUGGCCGUUCCUCAGCAUUACCCUGGGGAGAAGGUUCAUGUCUAUCGCACAGUAAAUGUGGAUGAGAAGAAGGUGCCAUAUCAGAUUGAAAAAGUGAUAGAGAAGCAGAUUACGAUCCCUCAACCGUUCCCUGUACAGGUGCCUGUCGACAGGGUAGUAGAGAAACAAAUUCGUAUUCCAUAUCCGGUGCACGUGGAGAAGGUGAUCGAGAAGAAGGUGCCUCUUGCUGUUCAAAGGUUUAUCAUACCUUUACCCAUUCACUUGAGGAUUCCACAGCCAGUUCCAAUUCCAGUGGAGAAGGUAGUAGAGAAGUCUGUACCAGUUCCAGUUCCAAUCCCUGUGGAAAAGGUGAUAGAGAAGACUGUUGUUCAUCAUCCUCGACCUCAUCCUCUGGAUAUGGAGAAGAUCAGGCCAUAUCCUUUAGAGACUCCUAAACUGGUUAAGACAGCACCAGCACCGCCAUUAAUUUACAAUGAUGGAAAUUUUCAACAGAUCAGACAACAGAACUUCCAGGCACCAUUGGGGCCAUCUUACGAGAAGAAUCAUUACAAUUCCACGCAAUUUUAUGGUUCAGGUUAUCUGGCUGUAAAUCGGCCCUUCGUUAGGCAAUCGUCAUCGGUACACGCCUUGCCAAAGAAGUUUGGAUCUUAUGGGACUCAGUAUCCUCAUUCCCUGGUCUAUUCCUCGUUGAACGGUCCUGUGCCACGUAAAGUGCAGCUUUCUCUUGGAAUACAGUCCAAGUCGAUCCAAUAUGCACCACCGGAUGUUCAGUCGACGAUGAGGAGAACCAGACAGGAAGGAAAUACUGGUAGCUUUAGGCAGUCGAAGAUGGAGUAUGGAUUUAAGCCUCCUAUGGUCCCAUCUAUUCAAUAUGAUGAACAAACAGCGACUAAAGUUGAAUAGCUUUAUAAAUAUCCACGCAUGGUUGUUUGUUAAUUAUUAUUCUUGACAAAUCCUUAACUUUGUUCAACACAAUAAUUACACACUCUUCCGUGUUACAUUUUCUUCGGAUACUGUAAAUAUAAAAAUACGAAUAUCGAGAAAAAUCUGUUAAUUUGAUAAGUUUUAUACUUGUGAUUCUUAUUGACUUAUCUACGUUUUAGAUAGUAAAGACUGAUAUAUAAAAAUAUACAUAGCAUAAUGGUAGAAAUGGAUAAAGAAUGUAACUAAUAUUCUAUUUAGAUUUUUCAAAAAAUUCUUACAAAUGCCAUUAUAAUUUGAUAUACUGACAAUGAGUUUAAUUAUCUAUCUUUUUAAGAAUAAUAUUUAAUUAGAGAUUAAUUUCUUACGAAAAUAUAUGUUACUAUAUUUCCAUAUACAUAUACAAUUAAUAGAUUUACUUUUGUACUCUUAUUAAGUUAUAUAUUUCCAAUAUUCAAUAAAUUUUCUUUUUCAGUUUGUUCAGCCACUUCGUUUCUUCGAAGCAAACGUAUCUUACAAUUAAAAUGAAAGCACACUGAUAAAAUUCAUCGUUUAUUCUCGGACGGUACUUUUUUCAAUUAUUCAAACAAUAUAUUAACAAUAGUCAUUUCGUUGGUUGAAUAAAAAAAUACUGAUGUAAUUAAAAUAAUAUUAGGACAUUUUGGAACCCUGCCCAACGUAAAAUCAAUUUUCAUAUUGGGCAUCAAUUUGCCUGUAUGCAUAGAGAUAUACAUAUAUGUUGUACACUAUAUAUAUAUAUAUAUAUAUAUAUAUAUCUUUUAUUUAUAUUAUGUUAUAAGAAACAGUGCUGCUCGCUUUUUUCAUUAAAUCUGUAAACCUAUGUACAACCCUUCUUCUUUUACAUAAAAAAGAAAAAACAUUACAUUAAAAAAAAGAAAGCUGUACAGUAGAAACUUGAUUAAAUAAUCACUCUGUGAAACUGUCCUUUUGUUGUAACUAAUCAAUCAGAUUAUGUAA